AUGGGAGGCAACAGCUUCCUUGUUCUUGACCGCCUUGCGGUUGUGGACGAGUCGGUGCCCUUGCCGUGGCUCAUGCAUCGGGUAGAGGGAGUCUCGCAUCAAGCAGAAAACCUCCACGUGUUUGCGCUGCUUCAACACACUCAGCCCUCUGUGGCCGUGCCAGUGUUGGGCAUUGAACGGCACAACCCCGUCGCACUCGUAACGUUGGUUUCAGCCUUGCUGGACCGCACGACUUCCGCGGUGCGACGGGCGGUGACAUCCAUCUACAAACACCUUCCUGUGAACGCCAUGGCGUGCGACCUGCUGCCGCACAAGGUGGCAGCGGUGUACGACCGAGCGCUGAUUCUCAAGAUGAGCUACGAGGCAGCCUUCGUCGCGAUCAAGCAGCCGGACCAUCGGUCGCUCAAGUACACCCCGGUUCACUACUCGAUGGGCCACCCCCCUCGAGUGGUGGCUGUGAACGAUGUUACUAGCACUCUUACCACGUCCCACCCCCACGGUUUUGUCGAGUCACUGCGGCUGGCGGGGCUGUCCCCCCAAGUCCACAGCUGA